AUGUCUUCUUCCUCAGCAGCUUCUUCAAGCCGCGGAGGUAUUAAAGCCGUUGUGAUCGGAUCCACCGGUUUGAUUGGAAAGAAUCUUGUUCGUUUACUUGCUCAACAAGAUCCUAACGUGUAUUCUAAAGUUGUGGCCAUUUCAAGACGAAAAGAGAAUCCUUUCCAAUUUUCCGAUACAACCGUUCCGAUUGAUCAUGUUUAUUUGGACAACUUUGAUCAGUUGAAUAGUAUUGAAAAUGUUUUUGAUGGAAUGGAUGAGGCUUAUUGUUGUCUCGGAACGACCAUCAAAGCAGUAGGAAAUGAUAAAAAGAAAUUCCGACAUGUGGAUUAUGAUUAUCCAGAGGCUUUUGCUUCGUUGGUAUAUUCGAAAUUUGCCAAUCCAUCAUCAUCAUCAUCACAAAAUAAUGUAAAACAAUUCUUUUUGGUCACUGCAGUUGGUGCCGACAGUCAAUCCAUGUUCUUUUAUAAUCAAGUGAAAGGAGACAUUGAAAAAGCAUGUGCAAAGAAACAAUUGGACUAUGUGGAAUGGUAUAAAACCAAUCAUUCUGGCUCUUCAUCCAUCAUUCCAACCUAUUGUCACAUCAUUAAACCUGGUUUAUUAAUUGGAGAGCGUGAGAAUGAACAUCGAUUUGGUGAACGUAUUGCUCAGGGCUUGAACAAUGCACUCGAUUGGAUGCUUCCAAGGAGUUGGAGUGGAAUUAAAGGAGAAGAUGUUGCCAAAGCCAUGAUUCAAAUUGCUCGAGUCACACGAAAGCAACAACAAUUAGAUGUCUUGAAAGAACGUGACACUCACAACACAAUUGGAGACGUCUCUAAAGAAGAUCGAUUUGAAAAACACAUUUUCGCUCAUGGAAAUGCGACCCUUAAAGAUUAUGCUCAAGAUUAUGACAAGCAAUAA